ACGAGUGUGCUUUACUCACAGCUACAAUCUUUUAGUUACUGCGACAUUCGAUGCACGGGAGAACAUUGUCAGACAAGAGUUCAAAUGGAAAACCAUUGUGGAAAUGCACAAAAUGGAUUAUAUACAAGCAAUAUUUUACUGUUUCAUUAUGCCACACGUGAGAAAGUAGAACAGUUUGAAGCUGGGAAACUUAUAGAUGCAUAUCAAGAAAGAGGAUCGUACUGGACACCAAUGCCUCCAUUAAUGUACGACAAAAUGACAAUUGCUCAAAAGUACUGGGGCCCAAAAGGCAAGAUCACGGACAGCGAUGACAAGAACAACGACAGGGUGGAGUCUUUCGUCCAAGUGCAAGUUCCCAUGGAAGAUAAAAAUUUUGAAGAGACAGAUGAGAAAGAAAUGAUAGUAUAUUUUUAUAAAGGAAAGAUAAAUUUAAAAAAUUUCAAUCACAUGAUAAAGCCAUGUGAUAAAUUUGAUGCGUCGAAGUAUCUUAUUGAUCUCCAUGGAGAGUUGGAUGCUAGUGAUUUCGCUUGGAUGGUAGACACAGAUGAUGAAGAUGAUGAAAAGGAAGAGGAGGAGGAGGAGAGUGAGAAUGGUGAAAGUAAUAAAUAGGGGUGACAAAUUUUGAGGAAAUACUUUAUAUUAUUUUGCUCUUCGUAUUUUUCCAUACGUAAAUUUAAGAACAGAAAAAAAAUUUCGACAAGAAGGAAACAAAAUCUUUAACUUAUAUUGCAGUUUUUCCCAUUUUUAAGUAUGAAAUAUCCCAAAACACACAAACCUAAUAAAAGUUAAGUAAAGUAAGUCCUUUUUAUACUGCAUUACGUGCGUCUCGCUACUUGCGAUACCAUUGUGAGUGACAGACUUAUGCGAGUAUAGACUAGCCGGGGACCGAGCGUGAAAACUGGUCAAG